GGGUCACAGCUGAGGAAGAUCUCGAACAUGGAGUCCAGGAUGUGGCCUGCACUGCUGCUGUCCCACCUCCUCCCACUCUGGCCACUGCUGUUGCUGCCCUUCCCACCACCUGCUCAAGGCUCCUCCUCCUCCCCUCGAACCCCACCAGCCCCAGCACGUCCCCCAUGCGCCCGGGGAGGUCCCUCAGCCCCACGCCAUGUAUGUGUGUGGGAGCGGGCACCCCCACCAAGCCGAUCCCCUCGGGUUCCAAGAUCCAGGCGGCAAGUCCUGCCAGGCACUGCGCCCCCUGCCACCCCAUCAGGCUUUGAAGAGGGGCCGCCCUCAUCCCAGUAUCCCUGGGCUAUUGUAUGGGGCCCUACAGUGUCUCGAGAGGAUGGGGGGGAUCCCAACUCUGCCAAUCCCGGAUUUUUGCCCCUGGACUAUGGUUUUGCAGCCCCCCAUGGGCUGGCUACCCCACACCCCAACUCAGACUCCAUGCGGGGUGAUGGAGAUGGGAUCAUCCUUAGAGAAGCACCUGCCACCCUGCGGCCAUUCUUGUUCGGGGGUCGUGGGGAAGGUGUGGACCCCCAGCUCUAUGUCACAAUUACCAUCUCCAUCAUCAUUGUUCUCGUGGCCACUGGCAUCAUCUUCAAGUUCUGCUGGGACCGCAGCCAGAAGCGGCGCAGGCCCUCAGGACAGCAAGGUGCCCUGAGGCAGGAGGAGAGCCAGCAGCCGCUGACAGACCUGUCCCCAGCCGGGGUCACUGUGCUGGGGGCCUUCGGGGAUUCGCCAACCCCCACCCCUGACCACGAGGAGCCCCGAGGGGGACCCCGGCUUGGGCCUGGGAUGCCCCAGCCCAAAGGGGCUCCAGCCUUCCAGUUGAACCGGAUUCCCCUGGUGAAUCUGUGA